CCAGCCUGAAUCGCUACUGAAGGACCAAUUUCAGUCCCGCUGAAAGGUGAACGGUGCUUGGAGCAUCUUACAGGUGUCAGCCCCGUUUAACGUUGUUAACUCAAAAGUUUUAUACGGCCGCGGUGUGACUUUCACGGGCGUUGCGAUGUUUCGUUUUUAAAUACAACUUGUCGAUUAUAAUAUAUGUUGUUUUAGUCUUUUAAGAAUCAGUUUCUCGAGUGACCGCAUGUUGGCACACCCCUGGGAUUAAUGUGGAGUUUUUUGAUCUGCAGCAACCAAACUAAGUUUUCAACAAUACCCUAAUGACAAUGCGUAAUGGGGAGACAGUUUCUCUCGAAGUCGGAGGAAUUUGUCAUUAUGGUCGUAUGGAUUUGUACUGCACCGUUGUUGGACGUAAACGCGCACGUGAAAAAGGAGGACAUCGAGAGCAGUCUCGGCAUUAUCCACGAAGUGUCCAUCAAGAGUUUGGGGACGUUAUGCGUGACCGAGCAGUUCAGAUCUCUCAACGUGCCAGUAGAUACCCUUCGAUUCGAAUCCGCCCGUCAAAAAGCGGAUUUGGCUGCUACUCUGCUUCAAGAUUUGGGAGUUGCUCAUCACAACGGUCUCCAAGACGCCAUAUCAAAAAAUAUCCUGGUAUCGGAUCAGAACGCACUUUCCGCACGAGUGUUGGCUCUCAACGCCAGCACAGGAACAUUAGUGAAUUGUGCCUGGUGGCAAAGGCAAGGCAUGGAAGUGGGAGGUCCCAAAAAAGUUGCGGAAACCAUUAUGGAAAUCGGCCACAGACCAAGCGCUGAGUUCCCGUGGUAUGAAGAUGCUGAUUCGAGUCCGGGGCUGCGGUCUCCGAAAUUCGUUGAAAGUCCACCGAACGUUUCAUAUAGGGGUUGGUGGACUUAUCCGUAUUAUUCCUGCUCAGCACGUCGAUGGUUGAUGUCGUACAGUGUACCUAUACCACCGCCUGGCAGAAGAGGAUUAAAAGGCUUUCUUAGCCUGGACGUGGACGUUUCUCAUUUGGAAGUCGACCAAUGUGAAUCGGUUAGUGAUUCGCUCCACGUCAGCAUUGGAGUCUUUCAUGGAUCCCACAAAUGUCACAACGUAACGUCCGAGUGCAUAUUCAAACCUCCAAUGAACGGUGCUCCAUGGUCGAGAGGAAGAUAUCAGUGUCGUUGCAGACGGGGUUAUUACUCGCCGUAUCACGGAGGACUUUUUAAUGGCACUUUAGUUGAAGUUGCUUGGGAGGAAUAUCUGGAAAACUCCACGAAUUCAUGGGAGACCAUAUUUCAGUGCAGAAAAUGUGCCCCGGGGUGUCAUUUUUGUACGGAUCCGUCCCCUUGUCUAGCUACAUAUCAUUGGCCCUUUAGAAUCACUCUGCUCAGUGUCAGUAUUAGUUGUGUGUUCUGUACGCUGGUUUUAAAUGUCUACAUGUUCAAGCAUCGCAAGCUGAAGGUAUUUAAAGUAGCAAGUCCAAUCUUUCUCAGUAUUACACUCCUUGGAUGCGCUACCAUGUAUCUUGAGAUGGCCGCAAUAUUUCCGGUUCUGGAUAUGUAUUCCUGUAUAGCGACCAAAUGGACCAGGCAUUUGGGAUUCUGUAUUACGUACACGGCUUUGUUGAUGAAAACGUGGAGAGUUUCGCUUACGUACAGAGUAAAAUCAGCUCACAAAGUAAAGCUCACUGAUAAACAGCUCUUGCAGUGGAUGGUACCAAUUCUGCUGGUGAUGCUCAUCUAUUUGGGCACGUGGACGCUUUCGGAUACGCCCACGGCAGAGGAGAUUGUUGAUAACGACGGACUUAGAUUCAAACAGUGCGCCUACAAUUGGUGGGACCACAGUUUAGCUAUCGGGGAAGUCCUUUUUUUGGCAUGGGGAGUGCGCGUUUGCUACAACGUGAGAAACGCGGAGUCCCUGUACAACGAAGCGCGAUUGAUUAGCUACGCCAUCUACAACAUAGCAAUCGUCAAUAUCAUGAUGAUCGCGUUUCAUUUGUUUAUUUUUCCGAGAGCUGGUCCGGACAUAAAAUAUUUUCUCGGAUUCAUUAGGACUCAACUAUCUACGACUACGACUACCGCUCUAGUUUUUGGUCCAAAGGUAAUAAGAGUUUUGAGAGGCCAAGGUGAUCAAUGGGACAACAGAGCAAGAUCACGUGGUGUGACCGCGUCAUUUUCCUUAAACGGCAUAGGCCUCGUUCCGGAAGAAGCGCCAGAUUUGUACCAAGAGAACGAAGAAUUAAAGGAAGAAAUACAAAAACUGGCGGCUCAAAUCGAGUUCAUGAAAAUCGUCCACAUGGAAAUGAACAAUCGACACAUAAAACCCAAGGCUGGCGGAUAUUUUAGCGCAUUGAACGCACCGAUGGUGGUGCACAGUCCGCUGACGAAACAGGGAAUCUUGAACAAACCGCCGGAGGAACUAUGACAUAAUAGGAGACGGAGCUGCAAGGAGUGGCUCAGGCUAGAGUUUGUACUGAGGCAGACAGGUGACUCUGUCGUUGUGGUUUAGGUUUGUUUUUGGAGUUAGGUUCCAUGUCAGCGACGUAUAUGAUGUCAUAACUAUAUAACUUGAGGGUUGUAGUUUUAAAUUGUAUUUUUCUAAGUUGAAGCUGCUUGUUUGCAAUUUUAAUUAUUAAAUGUGAUACAUAGGCGUUCCUUUUUUCAGUUGUUUCUGUUUCUUCCUGUUCCGAUUAAAACUUGGCUGUCGGUCGUAAGUCAAUUAGAUAUAUGUUGUUAGCGAAUUUAAUGUUACGAAUGAAUUGAAUGGUUGAAAUGCUGUAUAAAAGCUUUCAAUUUGUAUUUGGCAAGUCUUACAAGAAUAUCAAAAUUUUGUGUGCAUAACUUUAUUCACUUUCUCCUUGAACCAAUUUUUCCGACAUUAACUUUAUUUAUUUUUUUAAUAAUUAAAAAAAUAUAUAUUUUAUUUAAGUGUAACCCGUAGUUACUCCAGAUCCCCAUUUUUUAUACUGAGAUUGCAUAUUUUUCGAUCGCCUGACUUAUAAGCGAAGGCUGUUAACUGCUACUGCAAUAUUCGUUUUUUAUUUACUAGCUCAAUAUUUUUGCAACAAAUGAAUGACGAUUGCGCAGAAGUACCUAUUCCCGGAAUAGAAUUAAAAUAUCAAAAUGACAAUACAAUAAGUGGGAAUGUUACCUCAACUAGAUUAAAUGGAGAUGAGAAUAUUUUAGACGGUGUAAUUCUACUGUUAUUGUUAUAACUUCAUACCUAUCCAGCUAGUAAAAAGUAACCUACUCAUACUCACUUAACUUCGCUCUAUGAUUUGUUUGUCAUUAAAUUAUCUACACGUAAGAAAGUGUUCUUGAUGUUGUUUUCGGCUCCGUUAAUUUCAAACGCAAAGAUGUACGCCGCUUUUUACCACGUAAUAGUGAAAUCAGUGGCGGAGCGUGUGUUGAAUUUUGAAUAAAAAAAUUGUUUAAACGAAGUUAACAACGAACGCAUUAUUUGUUUCAACAUCUGGUGACUAAAAUGGUGAAUUUUAUUUCACCGCUUUCAACAGCUUGUCAAUUUGAAUAAUGAGCCACCACGUGUCUGCCACUGGUUACAUAAAUAAAUUUGUAUUAAACUGGUGCUUGGGUGCCGCGUUGACAGAUAAAUUUGCCUAGGACCUUGUAGAUUGAUUUAUGUGGAUGCCAUCUUAUAUCUUACUUAAAUUAUGUUUUCAGAUAUACAGGGUGAUACAUAAUUAGACGUGACGUUCUGUGCCUUGAAACGGAGACGGUCUCAAUAAACUAACGGCCGAUAAAGUGAAUUCUCGUUCAAUUAUAAAGAACUUUUAUUUUGAUUUUAAAGCGUAGGUAUGUGAUUAAAAUCAUCUACCUUUUUUUUCAGGAAGAUUUGCCAUGCAUUGUAGAGUGUGUCCCGUUUGUGAUGGUUUUACGGGGCCACGAACAGAAAUGAAGAAUUAUUUUUAAAAAAAUGCGUUUUUAGAAACCCUUUGUAGUUCGAUUAUGCAUCCAAAGAUGAAAUUGCCAUUUGCGAUAGGUAUUUCAAAAUCUAUAAAGUUUUUUUCAAAGUUACCAAUAAUAUCUAUUCGAAUUCUUGGUUUUUAAACGUAGUUUAAGUGGUUUAAGUAUCCAAUAUUUUGGGGGUUUUUUUAUAGACUGCCCAAAGCAGGCGAGUAGUUAGAGUCAAAUUGAAUGUGAAAAAUUGAUCCUAGACAUAGAGUAAUUAUAACCUCAAAAACGUGUAGAUUUUAACAUUAUGUAAAAAAAUACGGGAAUAGAAUAAAUCGGACGAGAUAGUGACUAAAUAAUUGUGGAUUAUCUGGAGUAUACUGUUCCCAACGAUAUACCGUUUUUACGAUAUAAUGCGGUAUUUAACUUUGGUAAAUUUUUAUGAAGGUCUAACCGCAAGCUAACCUCUUUGUAACCCUCAAGAAAUAGAUCAUCGGUGAGAUUCUUCGAUUAUUAUUAGUCCAUUCAGUGAAAAAUCCAUUCAACAAAAUUGAAUAAUAUUAGUAUUUGAUAAGAAAUAAAUUGUAAUAAAAUGUAUACGGUACCUCAAUGAAAAUAGCACACUCAGCUUUGAAAACCAAGUGAAUAACAUUAAGUGAGUAAUUACAAAUACAAGACUGAAUAGUUUCAACGGAGAAGAAAAUAUUUUUCAUAAAACUGACAGCUUACUCCGAUUUCACCAACCCCACAAAUCAACCAAUAGUAAACUGGGAACAUAUGCAUUAUAAAUGUACAUAAGAUUUUGUAUUGCAUUCCCAGGAAAAUAUUUUGGUAAUUUCUUAAGUUGGAAAUCAGUUUACACUUUCUAAUGUGUUUUUAAUAUCAACGUAUCUAAUGGGCAAAAUCAAAUUGAAAUCGAGCUACUGGGGACUGUUUUAAGAAAAUUUAUAAAAAGCACACUAACAAGAAUUAAUAUAACAGUUUAAUCAAAGAAAAUUUCCCGACUCAUAAAAUACAACAUUCCGCGCGGCACAGUUCUUGUCGGUUAACGUCUUAAAUACGGCCCUGGCUUGUGGAACAACAGGCGGGUCCUAAACACAUUCCGAAGUCAAAACCAUAAAAGGUUGUAAAAACGGUAUAUAGUUGUGCGAACUCUAUCUGGACGUUUAAAA